AUGGCAGAAGAAGCUCAAGAGGACGAACGAAUUGCUCUACAAGCUAUAUUUGAAGAUCUUCUCGUCUGGGACCGAACUGAUUCUGGCGUGUAUGGGACACUAUCAGUCCCUCCAUCUCUGGACUCGCCGAUUUCUCUGUCUAUGCCCAACGUAGACGGCGAAACUGACCCCAAUCGUUUAUUUGAACUCGCCCAUUUGCCACCUAUCUUAAUUAGAUUCCGUUUGACCAGUAAAUAUCCCUCUAGUUCUCCACCAUCGUUUGCCGUUGACGCACCGUAUUUAAGCAGACUGCAGCGGCAGAAACUACAUAGAUAUCUUUUAAAUGCUUGGGAGGAGAUCCACGAUGUCUGUUUAUUCGAGUGGGCUGACUUUUGCCAAACGAGAGCUCUAGAUUACCUCAAUCUCUUGUCUCCUCCGAACAGUAACUCAACGAAUAGACUGCUGCUAAUAGGACACGACGAAACCGUAAAACCAGAAACACGGUUAGAUCUAUGUAAUCUUCUCUUGGCAUACGACAGGAAUAAAGCAGCAGCAGAAUUCGAAGCUCUAGAUUUCGAUUGUGGAAUCUGUUUCUCUCCACAUCGUGGAUCAGAAUCCAUGAGAUUCAAUCCGUGUAAACACGUAUUUUGUAGACCAUGUCUCUACUCGUAUUUCGAGCUCUUGAUUCGGGAAGGGGAUGUGGACCAAGUCGGAUGUCCUGACGCGAAAUGUAAAAGAGAGGCAGCAUUACAACGGAAUCGGCAAGGGACGUCAGAAGGACGAUCUCUAGAUGUGCUUACGACUAUACCUGUGCCACAAGCCGAUAUGUUAUCCAUAGUAGGCAAAGAGCUGUUUGAACGGUAUCUAGAGUUUCUCAAAAAGAAAUUGCUUGAUGGUAGGAGUGACGUGGCGUAUUGCCCGCGACCUGACUGUCAAGCUCCCACCAUCAUUACAAAUAAAGACGAUAAGCUUGUGGUAUGCACGGCUUGUGGAUUUGCUUACUGCCACGUCUGUAGUUCGGUGUGGCAUGGAUAUGCAUCGUACUGUAAAAGUAAUUUCAAAUUGGAGGAGUUGGUGAAUCAGUAUAAUCAGGCCUCAGAAGCGGACAAACGAAGAUUGGAAUUCAAGUAUGGUAAAAAGACAUUGGAACGAGCGGUUAAAGAAUGGGAUGAAGAGCAUGAAAGUCUGUUGUACUUGAAGGAAAACACUCAAAGAUGCCCUACAUGCAAUGCUGCUGUAGAACGCUCUGAGGGUUGUUGUCAUAUGACGUGCAAGUUUUGCAACUCGCACUUCUGCUACCUUUGCGGGCAAUUUUUGCUCGCUACCAAUCCUUAUGGGCACUUCAAUGACCGAAAAUCCAAAUGCUUUGGAAAGCUGUUUGAAGGGGAGGGGGCAGACGCGCUAGAGGAGUGGGAAGUCGAGGAGGGAGAAGGGCGCUGGUAA